AUGUCAGAACCGCAACAGAAAGACUCACAGAAAUCUCCCAAAGAGAAGCCAACUACCAAGCAGCACAACAGGAAUGCCGAUACAAAACGUAAACUAUAUCGAGAAACGAUGGAAAAUGUACGUAAGCAAGUGCGUAUAGAAUCACCCACACCCACACCUACACCACCACCACAGUCACAGUCACAGUCACAGUCCCAGUCCCAGUCACUGCCUCAGUCAGAUUCGAUAGCAUCCACCACUGAGCUGACACCGGACUUGAUGGAGUUACCUCGUAAAAGGUUCUAUCGUCAGCGAGCUCACUCGAAUCCAUUUUCCGACCAUCGUUUAGAUUACCCAAUUGCACCUCUGGCAAUGGACUGGACCAAAAUAUACCCUGCUACCGCCACUGCUGCUGCUGCUGCUGCUGCUGCCACCACCACCACUGCUGUUAGUGGUCCUUCACCAUCCACAUCUGAAAACGGGAUCAAGGUGGAAAUAGCCGACAUUGGAUGUGGGUUUGGUGGAUUAAUGAUUGAUUUGGGUCCACAAUUCCCCCACUCGCGCAUACUAGGAAUGGAGAUCCGGGUCCAAGUGACGCAAUACGUUGAAGAUCGAAUUAUGGCAUUGCGCAAGUUGCACGAGCAGGACCCCGUUUACAAGUACGACAAUAUCGGAGUCAUUCGAGGUAAUGCCAUGAAGUUUUUGCCCAAUUUCUUUGAAAAGGGACAAUUGACCAAGAUGUUUUUUUGUUUCCCUGAUCCUCAUUUCAAGCAACGUAAACACAAGGCGAGAAUCAUUACUAAUACUUUACUUAGCGAGUAUGCGUAUGUGUUGAAGGAAGGUGGGAUUAUAUAUACAAUCACUGACGUGGAGGAUUUGCACCAGUGGAUGGUUAUGCAUUUGGAACAACACCCGUUGUUUGAACGCUUGAGUAAAGAGUGGGAGUCGCAAGACAAGUGUGUUGAAAUAAUGUAUAAUUCGACUGAAGAGGGACAAAAAGUUGAAAGAAACAAGGGAUCUAAAUGGGUCGCUUGUUUCAAGAGGUUGCCCAACCCAGCUGAUUGUGAAUAG